AUGUUUUUCUUGAGAAUUCUCCUCUUUAUUUCUCUCUUUUAUUUUGGAAAAGCCAUUGAUUGUCCGAAUGGAACGAUAACCGAUUGGAAUGAUCAUCUUUGUGUUUAUUCUGGAAAUCAGGCUCUUCCCUAUACCGAUGUUCUCACAAAAUGCCAUUCGAUGCGCGGUGAUCCGAUCAAAAUCACGAACAUGUUCGAGAAUAUGUGGAUUCACGGAUUUUUCAAUUCAACGACGUAUCUUGGCGUUGAGCGAAACUCAAAUCAAGUUUGGACCUAUUCUGAUGGAUCCUCGUUGACUUACCAGAAUUGGGCACCAGGAGAGCCGAAUCUGAAUCUCUCUAACAACUGCACCGUCAUGGAUACAUCAACUUCUAAGUGGAUGGCCGCCGAUUGCUUGACGCCUCGAUUUUACAUUUGCUCGAUAAAUAUGGAUCAGCUGAAAUGUCCCUAUGGUUGGGUCUACAACAAUCAGACUGAAUACUGCUAUUAUUUACACAAUUUCACCUAUCCAGACGGUGUUCAUUGGGAAUUGUACAACGUGACAAUGGCUGAGUUGAUGUGUCAAAAAAUGGAUGCUCAUUUAGUGUCAAUUCAUUCGGAUUCGGAAAACGAUUUUGUGAUGGAGCUAGUCAAAUCACAAGUUCAUGGGCUUUUCAAUGUGGCUCCUGGAAAUUAUACAUGUGGCUAUUCCUAUGCCUACAUUGGCUACUAUGGGAAUGCGACAAUUGGAGCUGGAAUGUGGACUGAUGGAUCGCCUGCUGAUUAUGUUCAGAAUGGGAUGUUGGGUGACUUUUAUAAUGGACAAAUUGCAAACGAUGGCUCGUGCAGUCUCCGAGGAUGGGGCUGGACUCCUGGGGCACCGAGAGCACGCUUUGUCUGCAAGAAGCCAUCAAAAGAU